AUGGCGGAUAACCGUCCUUACAUGCCUAGCGCGGCAGGCGCGUCAGGAGAUCACGAUACGCUGACCAGCUAUCCCGAGCCUCGUGGCAGCGGAGCUCCGCAGAGCAGCGGGGGGUACGAGAUAGGCCAUUCCAGCGGCAUUCCGCUCGACAAGGAGGACGUGCUCAGGACGCUGCCUCCCGUGACUGGCCCUACGGGCGGACCCACCCGCCGGUCGUCAAGAGGUGGUUGGACCGCCGAGGAGGACGAAAUCCUACGGCGAGCAGUGCAAUGCUAUAAGGGCAAGAACUGGCGUAAAAUAGCGGAGUUCUUCCCAGACCGCACGGACGUGCAGUGCCUGCACCGAUGGCAGAAGGUGCUCAACCCCGACCUCGUCAAGGGGCCCUGGACCAAAGAGGAGGACGAGCGCAUAACGGAGCUGGUGGCGCAGUACGGCGCAAAGAAGUGGUCGCUCAUCGCGCAGCACCUGCCGGGGCGCAUCGGCAAGCAGUGUCGCGAGCGGUGGCACAACCACCUGAACCCGGGCAUCAAGAAGGAGGCGUGGGGCGAGCACGAGGACGUGCAGCUCAUCAAGGCGCACAAGCUCUUCGGCAACAAGUGGGCCGAAAUCGCCAAGUUCCUGCCCGGCAGGACGGACAACUCCAUCAAGAACCACUGGAACAGCUGCAUGAAGAAGCGCGCCGAGCUCUGCACUCUCGCGGACCUCCUCGCGCUUCCGCCGUCACCCGGGCUCCCCGAAAUCCCCAUCUCCGCGGAAGUGCUGCAGGCCGCGCGCGAGGGGAAGCCGCUUCCGCCCAUCGGCGGAGACGGCGCCUGCGGGAGCGGGAGCGGGGGAGAGGAGGAGGAGAACGGAGGGGAGGAGGGUGAUGACGAUGCGGAAGCGGAGGAGGGGGCGAGAGGGGCCGAGGUUAAAGGGAAGGGUAAGGGGAAGGAACGGGCGGGAGAGAGGGAGAACGGAGGGUCGCAGCAGGGGGAGGAGCAGAUGGAAGUGGCAGUGGGCAUGCCUGCGCUGCCCCGAGGCCACUUUCAGGGGAACGUUCAGGUUCUUCCGCAGCAGGUGGUGGUGAAGCUAGAGAUGAUGGAAGAGCAACGUCGGCAGCAACAACGGGAGCAGGAGCAACAGCAACAGCAGCAACACGACCAGCAGCAGCAGCAGCAGCAGCAGCAGCAGCAGCAGCAGAGAGCUUAUCCAACUGUGUCUGGCAGUCGUUCAGGCGUGUCGUUGUCCCGUCCCUCACCAUCCGACGCCAUCCCAAACCCCUCUUGCACGCCUCGCUCCGCCGCCGCCCCCAGUCCGGCUCAGCCUUCCGCCAGCGCGGGUGCCAGCCCCCCCGCGUCCCCGGAGAAACACUCCGCCCCCUCCGCGCGCCUGUCUCUUUCCGGACCUCCUGCUGCCCGCCCCGGCCAAGCGCCAGUGGCGAGCGGCCCCAAUCCCAUGUCCAGCGGCUCACAGAGAGUGAGCGGCGCCCCUCUGCGCGCAUGCAGUGCGCCUCAGGCGCAGCCCCAGCCCCAGACGCAGGGGCCGGCGCAGACGCAGGCACAGGGGCAGGCGCAGGUCCAGCCAAUGGCGCCGGGCGUACACCUGACGAGCGGCCGCUGUCGCGUGGGGCCCACCAGCCGCACCAUCACGCUGCUAGGCGGCAGACUGCCGUCCGCCCUGGCGUGCUCUCCCGAAGAGAAAGGACCCCGCCCUGAUGGGGAUGAGGAUGGCGAUGGUGGCAGUGGUGCUGGCGCUGACGUGGCACACGGUGGAGUGGCAAUGCAGGGCGUGGGGCAGCAGGGUGCCGUGGUGCAACAGCGGGCCAUGGUGCAACAGGGGGCCAUGCCCCCAGCCAUCGCAAAUGCCCACCGCUGCGCCAGCAUGCCCGCCAGCAGCGCCGCGCCCCCCCAUCCCCCCACCAGUUCUGGGCCCCCGCUCGCACUGGGCUCCGCGCUUCUGUCUUCUGCAGACACCAAACCCCAAAUCCUUCCAGGCAGCCGAAACUCUGUAACGGGUGGCAGCAACGCUGUUCCAAGCGGUACCACAUUGGCAGGCGACGCUGCAGCACAAGGGCGUGCAGCAAGCCGUGCAGGCGGAGCCUGGGAGUCGAGGGCGGAAGUGAAGGCGGAGAGUGACGGCAUGCGAGGGCGCGAGGGGGCGGAGGAGGAGGAGGCGGCAGCGGUGCAGCGGCUGCUGAGUCUGGACGGGGCGGCAGCAGAGCCGCUGUUCCAAGCAGCGGAGCAGGCAGUGCAUGAGUACCAUGCGACUCAGGGCUUCCAGGGCAGUCAGGGCGGCCUUGCAGGGGAGGCUGGAUCCGCGGUGACUGAUGCAGGAGCGACUGGCUCCACCACCACCGCUGCCGCCGCUGCUGCUGCCGCUGCUGCGGAUACUCCCACUCCUGCGUCUGCUGCGGCUGUUGCAGCAGCAGCAGCAGCAGUGCCGGGGCUGGUGACGGUGGAGAGGGCGGUGGAGAGGGCGGUGGACGAUUCGCUCUUCUACGUGCCGCCGCAGCUGGACCACCUCGAUGCUGCGCCCUCCACUGCUGUCUCCUCCGCGCCCCCUCCCCUCGUGCCGCUGCCCCCCCUCUUCGACUCGUUCCUCCUCAGCCCCACCACCGGCCCCGCCCUGCCUGCCUCACCGCAAAUCACCGCUCUCAACCUCCCCUCCUCCUCUGCGCAGCCCUUCUCCUCGCCUCUCGGCCUGCGCCAGAUGCUACCUCCUCUGCCGUCCACCGGCUGCCAGACCCCCAGGCAGAUGCAGCCUGCCGCGCCCUCAGCGGGCUGUCAGACGCCAGUGAACGCCAUCUUCUCAGGCCUCUCGCCCUUCCUCUCGGGCCGCAGCCCCCCCUCGUGUGCUGCCUCACUGUCCAUGUCGUGCCUGCUGCUCAGUGCUGGCCGCUCCCUGGACGGCCCUCCUUCCAUCUUCCGCAAGCGCAGGAGGGUGGUUGAGCGCAGAGCAGGGUCAACGGGUGCAGAGGAGGCCCCCACUGCAGGUGGGGCUGGAGAAGGCGGUGUCGCUAAGGGGAGUGAUACAUGCGAUGUUGACAGUGACGGGCGUGAUAAGGGCGGGCUGCUUCUGCGGAUGGGCAAUGGUGCUGAUAGUAAGGAUGGUGGCAGCGAGAAUGAGAAGGGGAGUGAGAGUGGUGUUAAGGUCGGGAAUGAGAAAGGGAGGGGCGGCGAGGGGCUGCGGCGUGAGAAAUCGGGCGAAUGCGGCCUGGAUGGCGUGAGCAGCCCGCAGAGGAAUGUGAAGUGUGAACGCCCCGCGUGCAGGCGGGCAGCUGUGAAGGAUGGCCGUGCAACCGACCUGGGGGACAAGGAGGAGCAGAAGGAGGAGGAGGAGGAGGAAGUGGAAGUGAAGGAAAGGGAGGGAAAGCAGGAGGGACCGGGAAAGGAGCAGGAGGAGGAAGAGGAGGAAGCGCAGGAGGAGGAAGAGGAGGAGGAUCCGGCUGAUUUCGCUCUGCCUGCAGCUGCCAUUGACGGCGAGGAUGGAGAGGGGGGCGUUCACUGCGGGCCGGUGACGUGGACGCUGACACGUGGCAAGAGCGUGAGCCCCGAGGGCAAGAAGCGCGCGAGAGAGGGCGAGGAGGAUGGGGCGCAGGCAGGGGCGAGGGGAGGAGGCGGCAUGGGAGGAGCAAGGCCGGAAGGGAGAGUGUCUCCGAGGAAGCAGCUGAAGCUGGAUGGGGAAGUUGCGACGGUGGCUGCUUCUGCUGGCGCUGCUGGCGCUUCUGGUGCUGGCAAUGGGGCCCUGCCCCUGAGCCGUGUGCUGCACUUGGAGCUGGAUGCGGCUGCUGACACCCACAUGCAUGACGCCAUGCAUGGCAGCAAACCCAGUCAUGAGCUCACCACGCCGCACUCAAAGAAGCAUGAGCAGGAGGGUGCAUCCUUGAGCAAGCCGCUCUCCUCGUCCUCCACUCUCCCGUCCCCCCCACUCUGUGUUUCUGCCUCGUCCACUCGAGACGCCUCGUCCCCAUCAUCCCGCGCGCCCGUGCCCUCCACAGACACCCCCUCUACCGACUCUCCUGCUGCCACUGCGCCUGCGCAUGCUGAUGCUCCUCAGCCCACAUCUGCACCUGCUGCCCCUGCUGCUGCUACAGCAGCACCACCACCAUUACCAGCGUCACUAGCAGCUGGUGCCGGGGCAACAGUGGGAGUGGUGGGGCGAUCGCGUCUGGGUACAGUUCCUGUGGUGGCCUCCCCUAGAGUGGGUCCGCUGCGGUCAGGAGUGGUGGAGAAUGGUGAGAAGGUGGGGGCAACGGAGGAGGGGAGUGCAGACGGGGAGAAGGAGCGGCAAGAGAGCAAGUGUGUGCAGGGCACUGGUGCCAGCGGUGCAGACAGCAAGCCGUGUGACUCUUCUGACACUGCUGUAGCUGCUGCAGUGAAGGUUGGGACCAAGGCAGGCAGCACCACAGCAGCAGGCUCACACAAGGGUCCCGCCCUGAAGGCACAGACGAGGAGGCUCAUCCGCAAGGUGCUGCCUGGGGGAGGCGUUGACUGGCAGGUGGCGGCUGUGGGGCCUGGGCUCGCCAGCCUCAGGGGCAUUCUGCAGGCUGCCUCCGGUGCACGGCCGCCCCUCACAGGAGCCCUGCCCUCGCACAUACGCACUGGCACUGCUGGGGGCACAGGGGCAGCAGCAGCAGGAGCAGCAACAGCAGUGGCGGUCCCUGCAGGGCCUUUUGGAUCCGGGCGCCUGCUGUCCUCUGCAGCAGCUGCAGCAGCAGCUAAGGCUCGGCCCGCACCGAGGGAGCUUUGCUCGCCGGAGCUGGCAGGUUCAGGUGCGAGCGUGAGCUACUCAGGGUGCUACAGCAGCUGCAGCGGCAGCCAGUCGUGCAUGAGCGGGGCACUGUCCCCCUCAGUGACACCAGCGACCUCCCCUCCUGCGGCAGCACUGAUGGCCGCCACGAGCACCAUGGCCUCUGCCACUGUCACGUCUGCUGCUGCUGCUGCACCCCCUCCGCCCCUGCAGAUGCCCUCACCUGCGCAGCCCCAGCUGCCCCUUGUUCAUGGGAAGGGAAGCAGCAGGGCCGGUAGUGCGAGGGUGGCCCUGACUGCUGCUGGUAGCAGUGGCGGUGGCACUGCUGCUGGUUCUGCUGCCAGUGGUGCUGAGUGUGCGUCUGCAGAGGCUGGUGAUGCGGCAGUAGCAGAGGUUGGUGAGACCAUGGCUGAGGGGGGCUCACGUGCUGCCCAUGGCCACACUGCUGCUUCUGCAGCACCUGAUGCGACACCUGGUGCAUGUGAGGUUGACCCGCUUGAGUGUGCUGAGGCAGUGAGUGACGUGGACGCAGCAGUGGCAGCAGAAGGCAAGCCAUGCACGGCACUGCCAUCACCACAAGCGCCACAGCACAAGGCACCAGCACCACACAACGCCUCCACGUCUCCUCCUCGCCCGCUGAAGCGCCCCUUCUCUGCUGCUGACAAUGCCGACCCACCAGCUGAUUCCAGUGCUGCUGCUUGUGGCUCUGCAGGCGCUGCUGCUGGUGCUGCUGGGGGUGGCGCCGGUGGUGGUGGAGCGAAUGGCGGAGAGGCAGGCUCAACAGCGGGGGGAGGAGGAGAGGAGGGUUCAGAGAGGAAGGUGAGGCGGGUGCGACCGCCGCUGCACCGGUGCGUGGGCAAGCCACAGCAGCAGGCACAGGUGCAGGGGGAGGGAGAGGGAGAGGGUGGAGAGGCAGAGGGAGAGGCAGCAGGCGGUUGUGCUGGUGUGUUGUCCCCACCCCCUCUCAAGCGCGUGGCAGCAGUGCGAGCAGCAGCAGCAGGGGAGGGGCAGGGGAACAGCUUGGGCCGAGCAGAGGCAGGAGGGGGUAAUGGAGGAUCUGCUUUGGUGGGAGGGGGUGAGGGAGCAGCAGGGUCGGAGGGGCAGUGGGUGUUGCAGGAGGUGGGGGUGGAGGGGUCGCUCUUCUCCCCAACGCCUUCACGUGCGGGCAUGGCGGGCGUGGCGUCAUCACUCGCGUCACCCAUGUCGCCCUUCACCGCUCGCUGGCUCUCGGUACGUUGCUCCCCUGCUCAACCCCUCUGCUUCGCACUCAUUUCCUCCCUUUCCCGGCCUCCCUUUACUCUCCUGCAUCUACUAUCCCUCCCAUACUGCUACCACGCUGUCCUCCACUGCCCUUGCCUUGUGCCUGGCCCACCGCCCUUAUCUCAUCCAUCUUGCCUGUCCCACUGCUCUCCCCGCCCCUGCCUUCUCUCCCGCUCCUUCCAGCCUGUGAGGCCGCAGGCACUGGCAUCGCUUGACGUCUUCCGCUGCAGCACGCCUGCAUCGAUGCGCAAGGCGGGCUUUGCACGCUCCCAUGCGCACUCUCACGCAAACACGCACGCGCCCAUGAUGGAUGGUGAUGCUGCUGACUGUGACCUGGCAGCGGGCACUGGGCUCAGCAAGACCACAUGGGGCGAGCCUAUCAGCCCUGCCAGCUACCUGCUGCGCGAGGCUGCAAUGCUCACCCGCACGCUCCGCCUACCCAUCCCGCGCGCGCCGUUACCACCGCCUCUCGGGGCUGACCGCUUUGCGCCUGCGCGAGCCGAGGCACGAAGCGCGGAGGCAUCGGACGGUGGGAGAAAGAAAGGCGGCCGAGAUGGUGGGAGUGGAGAAAUCGCGGCGCCGUCUCUGUCCAAUCAGCGGACGACGCGUGCGCAUGGGGGAGAGAACGGCGGAGGGCGGAAGAGCCGGAGUGGCAGAAGGGAGGGCGGAAAGUCGGCGGCGGAGGAAGCGGAGAGCGCUGCUGGCAGCAGCGGGGCCGUGACGGACUCAAUGCGGCGCAACGCGCAGGCGACGGCGGACGCGCUGCGCAGCAAGAGCCGGCGCGCCAAGCGAUGGCUCGGACAGGUGCGGCGGGGGGAGCAGGGGAGGCGUGGGGGGGAGCAGGCAAGGUGGGAAGGGGGGGGUUUGGGGGGAGUGUGGGGGAGUGUGAGCAGUGUGGUGGGGCCUGGCGGAGGCAGUGUGGUGGGGCCUGGCGGAGGCAGUGUGGUGGGGCCUGGCGGAGGCAGUGUGGUGGGGCCUGGCGGAGGCAGUGUGGUGGGGCCUGGCGGAGGCAGUGUGGUGGGGCCUGGCGGAGGCAGUGCGGUGGGGCCUGGCGGAGGCAGUGUGGUGGGGCCUGGCGGAGGCAGUGUGGUGGGGCCUGGCGGAGGCAGUGUGGUGGGGCCUGGCGGAGGCAGUGUGGUGGGGCCUGGCGGAGGCACGCUCGCCUUGUGUGGCACAGCGUGCCCCACCCGUCACCCCCCCACCCCCCCCACCCCGCCCUUUCCCCCUCCCCCCUCCCCCCUCUCCCCCCUCCCCCCUCCCCCCUCCCCCCUCCCCCCUCGCCCCUCCCCCCGGCAGAACUAUCUGCACUAUCUGCUGCGGGACGACAUCAGCGCGGCCACGGUGGCGGCAGCGGGAGUGGUGGCGGGCGACGUGGUGGUGGAGGUGGGGCCGGGCACGGGCGCUCUCACCGCCGCACUCGUGGCUGCUGGGGCGCAUGUGAUUGCUGUGGAGAAGGACCCUGACAUGGUGCAGCUGGUGCGGGAGCGCUUCGCCCAGUGCCCACAAGUCGAGGUGGUGCAGGCGGACAUCCUCAAGUGGCCCGUGCACGCCCUCCUGCCGGCUCGCCUGCACUGCCUCACGGGCACAGCAGGGGGCGACGCACACACACUGGGAGGGGCGGAGGGAAGGGCAGCACAAGGCGAAGGGGCGUUGGCGAGUGGCGGGGCAGAAGCACGCACGAGUGGGAUGGAGGGUGUGGUGGGCGAACCGCCGGUGCCUCUUGCUGCUGCACGCCCUGCUGCUGCUCCCACAGCUGGCGCUGCUGCUCCCACAGCUGGCGCUGCGGCGAGCAGAGGCAGCGAGGGGAGUGGAGGCAGCGAGGGGAGUGGAGGCAGCAGUGCCGUGCGCGCCAAGGUGGUGACGAACCUGCCCUUCAACAUCACCACGGACUUCCUGCGCCUCUUCCUGCCGCUCGGCCACCUCGUCUCCACCGUCGUCUGCAUGCUGCAGGAUGACGCGGCACAGCGGCUGGUGGAUGCCACACCGGCAGCGUCGCAGUACCGACCGAUGAGUGUGUUCGUGCAGUACUAUGCGGAUCCCACCUAUCAGUUCUUCGUCAGCCGUCGCAGCUUCCUACCCCCACCCAAUGUUGAUGCAGCAGUCGUGUCAUUUGCCCUCAAGCCACCAAUGGAACGAGUCCACGUGGCAUCGCCCACCCAGUUCUUUCACAUGGUGAACAGGGCGUUCCAGGCGAAGCGCAAGAUGCUGCGGGCGUCGCUGCAGCCCUCCUACUCGUCACAGCAGGUGUCCGCUGCUCUCGAGGCGCUCUCGCUGCCCGCCACUGCGCGUCCCGAGGAGCUGUCAUUCGAGCAGCUGGUGCGGCUCUUCAACCGCCUCCAUGCCCAGUAG